GUGGCGAACGACAGGGCCCAAACACAGAGUUCUGUCUCUCAACGCAGCGGAGGCGGUGUCCUUAAAAGUGCCUGUAGAAUUUUUUUCGUUAAUUCUCCGUUCAUCCCCGCGUCACAUAGUCGACUUUUUCGUUGAACCAUGAGGACGUACUACGUGAUAGCCGCCAUACUGAUCGCCGGAACAAGCGGCCAGGAAUCCUUCAAAUGCCCAGACGAUUUCGGGUUCUACCCCCAUCACAUAUCGUGCGAUAAAUAUUGGAAAUGCGACAACAACGUGGCGGAAUUGAAGACGUGCGGCAACGGUCUGGCGUUCGAUGCCACUGAUAACAAGUUCCUCACCGAGAACUGCGACUACCUGCACAACGUGAAUUGCGGCGAACGCACGCAGCUCGAACCACCCAUCAGCACGCCGCACUGCGCCCGCCUUUACGGUAUCUUUCCCGACGAGAAGAAAUGCGACGUCUUCUGGAAUUGUUGGAACGGCGAGGCGUCCCGCUACCAGUGCAGCCCCGGAUUGGCCUACGACCGUGAGGCCAGGGUGUGCAUGUGGGCCGAUCAGGUACCCGAGUGCAGAAAUGAAGAGGUCGCCGGAGGUUUUACGUGUCCGGCUGCAGGCGAAGUGAGCGGCGCAUCCGGCAGCUUCAGCAGACACGCCCAUCCGGAGGACUGCAGAAAGUACUACAUAUGCCUUGAGGGCAUCGCCAGGGAAUACGGCUGCCCGAUCGGCACUGUUUUCAAAAUCGGUGACGCUGACGGAAGCGGCGCUUGCGAGGACCCGGAGGAUGUUCCUGGAUGCCAAGACUAUUACGGUGACGUGGACCUAAAGGCCCUUCGUAAACUGGGCUACAGAAAAUAGAAGCGUUUGUAGGCAAGCAUUCAUCGGCGAUGAAAAUAUCACACAUCUCGCUGUAGGAAGUCGACCCAAGACGACGAUCGUCAGCAGCUGUUGAUCACGCUGAGGACGAAAGGGAUAAACGCCACAAUCAACCUUUUUACAAAUCAUGACAUUUACAAAAUUAAAUUGUCAUCAUUCGCAUCGUCAUGUAAAUAAGAAAUCGAACCAUUCGCGAGAAGAUCCAUCAUAAAUAUGUCAAAAACAUGUCAAAAAA